AUGUCCCUACGCCGCUUGACCCGGGGCUCGCCACUUUUAUCACUCUCGUCUCGUGUUUGCAUUCCUCGACUUUCGUCCCGCCUCUUCGCAACAGCCAUGGAUGACAACAUUAAGCAGCAUUACCUGGCGGAUUCGCCGCCGACGGUGGUCCGUCUGGAGAUCAGGCCGCACUUUGAGACGCUGCAAGAUCCGAGUCUCCGGAAAUACGCCCACUACAUGAGCCGGUAA